CAGAUUCAUCUUCCUGUCUGUAACUUUAUAUAAAUCUGUUCUAAAUACAUUCAAGAGCAGGGAAGAGAAACAGAUAGCUGAAACCAAAAUGAGAAUCAAACUCCGGUAUCUCUCUUCCUCUUUUCUGUUGCUCUUCUUUCUUUGUUAUGUUCAAUCACAAGAGUUCCUACCAAACACCACAGGCUACACUUGCAGUCCCAAUCAGACCACCAAUCAAUGCCAAACUUAUGCUUUCUAUCGAGCCUCGGCACCUAGUUAUCGAGCCUCGGCACCUAAUUUACUAGACCUUGCCUCAAUAGGUGACCUUUUUUCAGUGAGCCGCCUCAUGAUAUCAAACCCUAGCAAUAUAUCCUCCCCAUCGUCUCCUCUCAUACAAAACCAGCCUCUUUUUGUCCCUUUAACCUGCUCUUGUAAUACUUUAAAUACCAGCUAUAGCAUCUCUUUUGCCAAUCUGUCAUACACAAUCGUGCAGGGUGACACUUUUUACCUUGUAUCCACAUACCUGUACCUGAAUUUGACAACUUAUCAAUCUGUUAUGAUUGUGAAUCCUACUGUAGUCCCUACUGAACUUGAAGCUGGUGAUGUUGUUCAAUUUCCAAUCUUUUGCAAGUGUCCUAAUGAAACUCAAUUGCAAAAUCAAGUGAGUUAUCUUGUGUCUUAUGUGCUUCAACCUUCUGACAACUUAUCAUCAGUUGCUUCAAUGUUUGGAAUAGAAACACAGUCUAUAAUAGAUGUUAAUGGGAAUAACAGUCAGACAUUUGAAACUAUAUUUGUCCCAGUCGCGAGACUUCCACAACUCCCACAACUAACACAGCCUGAUGCUGUUACUCCGGCAUCUCCUGGAGCUGGAAAGACUGAGAGAAAAGGAGUUAAUACAGGAUUGGCAAUUGGGUUGGCUAUUUGUGGAGUCUUGUUGGUUUUGGUUACUGGGAUGUUGAUAUAUAGUGAGGUUAUUUUGAAGAAGAGGAGAAAGAGGAAGUCUGAUGAUGCUGAGAAGCAGAAGCUACAGUUUGAUAAGGGAGGGAAGGGCUUCAAGAAUAUGGAAGUUAAUUUAAUGGCAGAUGUUUCAGAUUGCUUGGACAAGUACAAAUUGUUCAACAUUGAAGAACUCAGAGAAGCUACAAAUGAUUUCAGUGAGGAUUGCUUGAUUCAAGGGUCUGUUUACAAAGGGUUCAUUAAUGGAGAGGUCUAUGCAAUCAAGAUGAUGAAAUGGAAUGCCUGUGAGGAGUUGAAGAUCUUACAAAAGGUAAAUCAUGGGAAUCUGGUGAAGCUAGAAGGUUUCUGCAUAGACCCUGAAGAUGCAAAUUGCUAUUUGAUCUAUGAGUACGUUGAAAAUGGCUCUCUCCAUUCAUGGCUACACGAAAACAAAAACAAAAAGUUGAACUGGAAAACAAGGUUAAGGAUUGCCGUUGAUGUUGCCAAUGGCCUGCAAUACAUUCAUGAGCAUACCAGGCCAAGAGUUGUACAUAAAGACAUCAAAAGUAGCAAUGUUCUCUUGGACUCAAACAUGAGGGCUAAAAUUGCAAACUUUGGACUAGCCAAAUCAGGCUGCAAUGCCAUAACUAUGCACAUUGUUGGAACUCAAGGCUAUAUGGCGCCCGAGUAUCUAACAGAUGGGGUAGUAUCGACAAAAAUGGAUGUUUUCUCUUUCGGGGUGGUGCUGCUUGAGCUUCUAUCAGGCAAGGAGGCAGUUGAUGACGAGGGGAGGGCAUUGUGGACAAGUGUUGGUGGAAUUUUGGAGGGGAAUGAGGAGAGCAAGGUGAAAAGAAUGAAAGAAUGGAUGGAUGUGGUAUUUUUGCAGGACACAUGCUCAAUGGAGAGUCUGAUGAGUGUAACAGAUAUCGCCAUUGCUUGUGUGCAUAGAGAUCCUUCCAAGCGGCCGAGUAUGGUGGAUAUCGUGUAUGCAUUGUGUAAGAGUGAUGACUUGUUUUUCGAUAUUUCUGAAGAUGGAUUAGAUCCUCAAGUGAACGCAAGAUGAGAAUUGAGACAGUUUUAAUGUUAUCAGAUUGUGCUAGUUGAAGGAGUUUUGAGAACAUUUUGUAAUUGAUGCAUUGCAUUGUAUAUAGCAAUAAGCAGAUGAGAAAUUAGAAACAAAAUAAGGCUAUAUUUAUA